UUGUAUAUAUACUCUAUAUUUGAACCUAUUUCUAUCAGAGAAGUAGUAUACUACUAUUUUUUAUUCACAAUAUAUAUCAUUAUUGGUGGUAUAUUGAAUAACAGUCUUUUAUUGUUAGAUAUAAUUGGAAUGGAAAUAAAGAAGAUAAGGAUACUUUAACCGAUAAUGUGGAAUGGAACGAUGAAGUUGAAUGUUCCUGUUCGGAUGUGAACGUUACGUGCACAGGAAAAUGUCCAUUUUGUAAUCAAAUUUAUGAUGUUUUUGAUACUUCUAAUAAAUACAUGAAUUCCAUCGGCGUACAAAAGGGAAAGGAUAAACCGAAGAAAAAACGAUUCAGUUUUCUGCAGAAAAGUUUUCAAGACAAAAAGAAACGAAAGGAUUUGGAAAAUCGGGAUAGGAAGAAAAUUGUGGAGAAAGCUGUUUCUAAGAAACGACAAAAAUAUCCAACUGCUUUCAAAGGAGAUCAACAGUGCGAAUGUUGUAAAUGCAGUACAGAUACUAAAAGUGCAGACAAAAUGAUUCGUGAGAGAAAAGAGAACGAGAAGAAAAUACUGUAUAAACUGAAAGCGAAAAAACGUAAAGAGAAGAAAAGAAGGAAAGACGAAAUACGUAAAGCAGAGAAAUAUGCGAAUAUAUGUUUUAGAGAUACUUGUAAAUAA